AGGGAGAGGAAGCGGUCUCGUAACUGAAACAGAGCCAAAGGAAAAAACCCCCCAAAAAAGUAAUCCUACAGUGCCUGAAUUACGUUUUCUGUAAUGAAUACGGACAUAACCGUCGUGUCUUGUUAAAGAAGAGAGAGAAACCUUUUUCUCCCUUCUUUGAUGGGUCUUCCUCUGUGUUUCUUCUUGAUGGGUUAGCGUUUGGCGCGUGAAGGGUUUCGUUCUUGAAGCUCUGUUACUUUUUUUUUCUUUCUCUGGGUUAAUUUAGAAAGUUUGGAAGAAAGCUCGGGUUCCUGCUGUUUCAUCUGGGUUUUUCGAUGGCGAAUGUGGAUGUUGAUUUCAAGGGCUCGCCCAUGUCUGACAGAAGAUCAGGUUUCGAUCACGAUGAUAUGUACACGGAGCUAUGGAAAGCAUGUGCAGGACCUUUGGUGGAAGUUCCUCGUGUCGGGGAGAGAGUUUUCUACUUCCCACAGGGUCACAUGGAACAAUUGGAGGCGUCGACUAAUCAAGGGCUUGAAGAGCAUAUCCCUCUUUUUAAUCUUCCCACGAAGAUACUUUGUCAAGUCCUCGGUGUCACGUUAAAGGCAGAGCAUGAGACGGAUGAAGUUUACGCUCAGAUCACCUUAAGACCAGAGGACGAUCAAAGUGAACCCACAAGUCCUGAUCCACCCAUCUCUGAACUGCCUAAACAAGCGGUUCACUCGUUUGUUAAGAUUCUUACAGCUUCAGACACGAGCACUCAUGGUGGAUUCUCUGUUCUGCGUAAACAUGCCACUGAAUGCUUGCCUGCCCUUGACAUGACACAAGCUACUCCGACUCAAGAAUUGGUGGCCAGAGAUCUUCAUGGGGUGGAAUGGAGGUUUAAGCAUAUAUUUAGAGGACAACCUAGGAGGCAUCUGCUUACGACCGGAUGGAGCACCUUUGUUACAACGAAGAGACUAGUAACUGGAGAUGCAUUUGUGUUCCUCAGGGGUGAAAACGGGGAUUUACGGGUCGGGGUAAGGCGUCUAGCCCGGCAGCAGAGCACGAUGCCUUCAUCUGUUAUCUCUAGUCAGAGCAUGCAUUUGGGAGUUCUUGCUACAGCUUCUCAUGCUGUCAAUACAAGAACCCUAUUCGUAGUGUUUUACAAGCCUAGGAUAAGCCAAUUCAUAAUAGGAGUGAACAAGUAUAUGGAGGCUGUGAAGCAUGGCUUCUCCGUCGGUAUGAGGUUCAGGAUGAGAUUCGAGGGAGAAGAGUCUCCUGAGAGAAUUUUUACGGGUACUAUUGUCGGGAUCGGAGAUCUAUCCCCGCAGUGGCCAGCUUCUAAAUGGAGGUCAUUGCAGACUCAAUGGGAUGAGCCAGCCUCUGUUCAGAGACCAGGCAAAGUCUCUCCAUGGGAAAUAGAGCCUUUCUUGCCAUCUUCACCAAUGGCUACACCUGCUCAGCCUCAGCUCAAAUGCAAGCGGUCCAGACCCGUUGAUUCACCGAUUUCAGUUACAGAUAUAACUGCAUCCAGUGCCUCCCUGAAACUGUUCCAAGAUUCAUCAGCAGAGAGAAAUUCCAACAAGACCGUGUUCUCAGGCGGGUACUCAUCGACCUUAUUGUUGGGCCCCACAAACAUCAGCUUCAUGUCUGAACAAGCCGAGAGAUCCCAAAAACCAGAGACCCCCACAAGCUGUUAUAGGUUGUUUGGUUUCGAUCUCACAAGCAACUGCAAGCCCAGUCCCACUGACAAGGAACCGAAUGGCCAAGAUUCUAACCCUUCGAGUUUGGUGAAGGAGCAGAAGCAAGAUCCACCUGGAACAUCACAUUCACAGGGCAAGCAACAAGCGCCGGCUAAUGCUUCCUCUACAAGGAGCCGAACCAAGGUACAAAUGCAAGGGAUGGCAGUAGGGAGAGCAGUGGAUUUGACAGUAUUGAGAUCGUACGAGGAAUUGAUCGAGGAGUUAGAGAAGAUGUUUGAGAUCGAAGGCGAGAUUCGGGCUCGGGACAAAUGGGCGGUCGUGUUCACGGAUGAUGAGGGUGACAUGAUGCUCGUUGGCGAUGAUCCAUGGAACGAGUUCUGUAAAAUGGCAAAGAAGAUAUGCAUAUACUCGAGCGAGGAGGUGAAGAAAAUGAGCGCGAAAAGGAAGUGGUCACUGGAAGGUGAGGGUACGGUGAUAAGUCUUGAUUCGGACCAGAGGCCCUCGAGUUGAUGAAACAUGAGCCUUUCAUGUUUCAGAUGUUUAUGUUAUGAAACGUAUCAUCGCUUUUGGUUUUCUGCUUUUGUGGUUUUUUCAUUAUAAUAUCUCACGCACGAAGAUGUAAGCAAUCAAGCAAGUAGAUGGUUUGUUAAUUAACGUAAGAAAAAAGUUGAUAACUAUGUAUGUUUAGGGAGACUUUAAAUCUGUUGACAGAAGCAAACGAUUUCCAUGCGGAAGUCUUUUAAGGGAAAGUUCUCAAUA